GCUCGACAGCCCGUCUUGGAUAAGGGGCGGGUGUGCGCGUUCCCGAUACACCAGGAAAUAUGGCGGCGCUCAUGACACUCAGUCAGCUAUCAAGUGGAAAUCCAGCUUAUGAAAACUACUACAGGCAGCUGGAUCCAGGAAACACAGGCAGGAUAUCAGCUGGAGAGGCAGCUCAGUUUCUGAAGAAAUCAGGGCUCUCGGACAGCACUCUGGGAAAGAUUUGGGAUUUGGCAGACUCAGAAAGAAAAGGUUAUUUGGAUAAGCGGGGUUUCUUCAUAGCCUUGAGACUUGUGGCCUCAGCUCAGGGUGGAAAUGAUAUCAGCCUUAACAACCUCAACCAGGCCUUAGCUGCACCAAAAUUUAAAGACACUAACAGCCCAUUAUUAACUGCUUCAACUACAUCAGCUGACUCACAUUGGGCAAUAAGGCCUGAUGAAAAAGGGAAAUUUGAGGGCAUUUUUGAGAGUCUGGCGCCUGUUAACGGUCUUCUCUCUGGUGAUAAAGUCAAGCCAGUUUUGAUAAACUCCAAACUACCUCUGGAUAUUUUAGGAAAGAUUUGGGACCUAAGUGAUGUAGACAAAGAUGGACGCUUGGACAAGGAGGAAUUUAUAGUGGCCAUGCAUCUUGUGUAUCGGACCAUGGAGAAGGAGCCUGUCCCAUCAACCUUACCAGUGUCCCUUAUCCCCCCCUCAAAAAGGAAAAAGGCUGCGGUUACGCUGCCAGGGGCUGUGUCUGUACUGCCUGCUUUUUCUGGGUUUUCAUCUGGCCCUACUCCUCUCAAAGACACCCUUCGCUCCACUCCUCCUCUGAGCAGUGCCACCCCCCUCAUUCCUGCUGCUGUCAACCUCUCUCCACAACACUCCUUCAAAUCCAGCACACAGCCUGUGGUAAACUGGGUCGUACCUGUAGCAGACCGGGAGAGGUACGCUGAGAUAUUCAAGAAAACAGACACCGACAAUGAUGGCCUUGUCACCGGCACUGAGGUCAUCGAGAUCUUCAUGCACUCCAAUCUGUCUCAGACAAUGCUCGCACAGAUAUGGGGACUCGCUGACACUAAACAAACUGGCAAACUGACCCAGGAGCAGUUCUCUUUAGCCAUGUAUCUGAUCCAGCAGAAGGUGACUAAAGAUGUGGAGCCUCCCUCCAGUUUGACUCCAGACAUGAUUCCGCCUUCAGAAAGGACUGCAGCAUCAGCAGCCGGCCCUGAAAGUACCAGUUCCACGGGGUCGGCUGAGCUGACAGGCAACAAAGAGCUGGAUGACCUAAGUCAGGAAAUAGCUCAGCUGCAGAGAGAGAAAUUUGUACUGGAGCAAGAGAUCAGGGAAAAGGAGGAAACAAUCAGGAAACAAAACAGUGAUGUUCAGGACAUGCAGAAUGACCUGGACCGGGAGAGUAACAGCCUGCAGGACUUGGAGUCUCAGAAGCAGGAUGCCCAGGACCGUUUGGAGGAGAUGGACCAGCAGCGUUCCAAGCUGGAGGGGAUGCUCAAUGAUGUCAAACAGAAGUGCCAAGAUGAGACCCUUAUGAUUUCAUCCCUGCAGAGCCAGAUCCGCUCUCAGGAGACUGACCUGCAGAGUCAAGAGGAUGAACUGAGCCGCACCAAGGCAGAGCUUAGCCGACUGCAGGACGAGGAGGCCCAACUGGAGCAGAACCUGCUCUCUGGUCGGGUCCAGCUGGACAGCAUUAUGAAGUCCCUCAAAACCACCCAGGAAGAGAUCAACCAGGCUCGCAGUAAACUGUCACUGAUCCAGGAGAACCAAAAGGAAGUGACCAAGACCAUAGAUCAGUACAACAGUGCUAUAAACAGCAUCAAUGGAGGAAACUUAAGCAACCUCCCAGACCUUAGUGAAGGGUUUGCUGAGAAAGACCAUGGAGGUGUCGGGAGUAUGAAUAACUCCCUCAAAUCAAGGAUAGCCAUGUUCAACAACAACAGCAGCAGCAGCAGUAGCAGCAGCACUAAGGAGACUCCAGCAGACCCCUUCCAGAGAGAGGACCCCUUCAAGUCUGACCUCUUCAAAGUAGAUCCAUUUGGAGGAGAUCCUUUCAAAGAGAGUGAUCCCUUUAAGGGGACCUCAUCUGAAGAUUUCUUCAAGAGGUCUGACAAGUCAGACCCAUUUGGAUCCUCAGACCCCUUCAGUAGAAAACCCACUCCACCAGCAAAGCCAAGUGCCUUCAGCAGCAGUGACCCGUUCACAUCAAACAGCCCAAAACCCAAGGAUUCAGUCGCAGAUGUAUUUGGGACAGCAGACCCCUUUGCAGGCAGCUCUUUUGGAAGUCAGGGUGGAUUUGCAGACUUUAGUCAAAUGUCUAAGAAGUCGGACAACCCUGUGCUCCCAUCAAAGAAAAAUGUGCCUAACCGGCCUGCACCUCCAUAUGUAGGUUUGCUCAGUGCAUCAGAGGGCACUCGCUCUACAACAGACAGUAAAAACUGUCUUAAAGUGACACAGUCCAGUAAAAUAUCCAAAGACUGCCCUGUGGCUUUUGCAGAUUUUGGCUCUUUUGGAAGUGAGAACCAGCAGCUGGAGUGGGCCAAGCGGGAGAGUGAGCGCGAGGAGCAGGAGAGGCUGAGGAGGCUCCAGCUCCAGGAGCAGCAGGACCUGGAACUGGCCAUCGCACUCAGCAGGGCUGACAUGCCCAGCGCCUGAACGGUCCACGGCCUACGUGGACCGCAGUAGCUUCCCUCUUCCGCCUCAGGGUCCACAGGCUCACGACAGCAGCACCGCUGCUGGCUCCUCACGACCAGAGCAGCCCCUGUUACCAAUUUAUGUAAAGACCAGUGUUUCUCCAGCCAUGACUGACUGGACUCAUGUCAAAUGACUCCACAUUUAGCAACCAGUUAUGGUUCAUUGCUCCCAAACUACAUGGCAACUAUAAUCAGGGACAAUACGGAGCCACUUGAUUCAAGCCUGACUUCAUCCUGCAGAGGAACCCAAACCAGCUGCAGCCUAUAUCUAACUCCAUAUCUUGUUAUGGCUAAUCACCAUGCCUUAUCCCAAAGCUUUUUGUUGCAAGGAAAGUAACUUUUAACAAUAUUUUACUGUGUUAUUUAUAUACAGAAGCAAUGAAUCUGUGGUUGUAUGAAGUACUUAUAAAAUGCACUGCAUAACCUUUAAGCUUUUUAACCUUUUAAUACUAGAAACAUUCAUGUAGGAGGUCAAAACAUCUGUCAUGACUGGGUUUGGUCAUUUUUAACCGCUGCAUUGACAUGGUUGUCAUUUUCCCCUGAUGUCGUGUUUACAGUGGGAAGGUUACAAUCAGAUCAAAUUAAUGAUCACCUUUUCUAUAGUGUCAUAUAACUCUCAAACUGUUAUGUACGUUACAAAGUGGGUUAAGGCUACAGUGAGCUGUAACCAAACAGUAACUAAUACUGUUUUUCAUUGAACAUCCACCUGAAAAUGUCGUGAUCCAUUGUUCACUUACUGAUCAACCAGAAAGCAGUGAAAUAAUGACAAUUACCGUUCAUACAACUUGAAAACAGCUUUGACAUUAUUCUGCUAAACAGUAUUUGAGCUUCCCACCCUGAGCGUGACGUCAGAAGGAAAUGUCAACUUUGUGAAGAUGAUCUGUUGUGGUUGAAAGUAAGUUGAUGUGUGUUUUGGACCAAGGAAAUCCUGCCUAGAAGGACUGGACCUUAGUUAUCAACAGAGCAAUGUGGAUAAAACGGUAUCAUGAUAAUUGUCCUGAUCAUUGGUCCUGAGUCAAAGUAAAACAAACCAGACAAUUAUUCUUUAAGGUGAGAACAUGACAAAUGGCGGAACAUUUCAGAAAUCUACAGGUAGUAUGUGUUCAAUGUAAAAUUAAGUAAUCUUUUGUUUGCAUUGUUAAAACAUUUUGUAUGUCUGACGAUGCAAACAAACUAUAAACAGUAUAUUAUGAUACUAUGAUUAGCAUGAUAAAAAAAAACAUAUUGUGAUAAUUACCUUUAUUGUUUUAUUGCCCAGCUCUAGCUCUGACAGGGACUGAAACUACAUUUUCUUUGCCUUUUUCUUUACCUUUUUAACUACAAACCUACAGUUCUGAAGUGCAUGAAGUGAAAAGAUGUUGAAUGAAUUGAAGAUGUGAAAUAAAAAUAGGACUCUCCAGUGCAUGUAAACAUAGAAGGCUAUUGGGAAUCCUUGAUGAUGCUGAUUGUUAGCAUUUGGGUCCAGGUUUUGCUUCGUUUGAAUGUGAUCUAGCCUCGGUUCUCUUGGGUCUGCUCCAGUGGUUGACAUGGUAACGAUCAUCCUCUUCCUUUUCUUCUGAACUAGUCGAGUUCACCUGGAGCGUCAUCGCACCACGCCUCUGAAGUCUGCCGUUCAUCAGAUGAUUGUAAUGCCCCGGAAACUUGCACUCCCUCCAGUGAAAAUGUGUGAAGCUGCGUUGUUUAUACUGGUGCUGUUACACUCAUCUCUGUUCUUUUUGUUUUUACUUGUUCAUACUUGACACUGAUAGUCAUCUCUGCUACCUAGUCAAGUACUUUCUCUCUCAUCUUUUUUCUUCCAUGAAUGUCUCAUGACCAGUUUGGAGGACAUUUGUUUUAAAGCCUUUAAAACAUUGUAGGUAUUUGUUAAUAUACACUAAUCAGGUUUAUUGGGCACAUAUUGUAUGCACUGUAUAUUCCAGGGCUUACUGGACAUGUACAGAGUGACGGCGCCUUAUUUAUCGACAUAUCAACAUUGUAACAUAAUAUUGCACAGUAUGUAUGUGAUUAUAACUGAACUGAAUAAAGAUUCAUUUUAACAUUCCUUUACAAAAAC